CCUCAGGCCUUGUUUCUUUGUGCAGAUGUACCCACUGGAAAUGAAGAAUUGGUCCUGUCCUUGAACAAGAAACUGCUGCGCUCUGCAGUGGAGGAAACCCAGCAGCUCAAUCCCAGUGUGCAUCUGGGCCUGCGUCUUUCUCGGAUGCACCACUUGGCCAUUGAGAAGGACUACCUGGCCAAGCUGAAGAAGGAGCUGCAGUCCAGUUUCAAAAGGUAUAACAGUCCCUUUAAAACCCUCCUGGCCCAUACACCAGGUGGGGCCCUGCUGUGCCUUUACGCAAGGUACUUCACUCAGAUUGCUUCAUUAAACCUCCCGCUGUUCCCCGCAGAUACGGUUUCCAUGGCGGCGCUAGCCUUCCAGUGCCUGCUGGGCUCCCCCAAGCCCUGCAGCAGCUGUCGCCUUGAGCAGGCUCUCCUGGCAGCGAAGGACCAGAUCCUGAACUCCAGCACGGAGGACGGGCUCCUGGGGAAUGCCUUCAGCACGCCUUUAGCUUUGCAGGCGCUGCGGGUGAUGGGGGCGAGGCCGGCGCUCUGCUCCUCGGCGAUGGCGGCCCUGGUGACGGAGAUGGGCCGGGGAACGUUCCACAACCCCAUGGCUCUUUCCCAGCUGCUGCCCGCGCUGCACCACAGAACGUACCUGGACGUCAGGAGCAUGGCGUGCCAAGAAGAGGACGACAUCCUAGUUCUGGAUCCAAAGCCGCCCCAAGGAGACCCGAGCCCGGAGAUGGUGCCGAUGUGGCUGACAGUGGAGAUCCCCGGAGCCCAUUCCAAUGUCUACAGCAUGACCGUGCCCAAGGGCUCCUCACUGCUGUACGCUCUGAAGAAACUCUACAAGGAGAAGCCCCAGGAAUUCUCCUUUAAGACGGAGACCAGCCUGUGGGGCCCCUUCCUGAGUGUCAUAAAUGGGCACAGGGCGAGCCAGGCAGAGAGGGAGUACUGGCAGCUGCUCAAGUCUCCAGACACCCCUCUUGUUGAAGGUAUCAGGGAUUAUAAAGUUCAAGAGGAAGCCCACAUCGUCAUUAGAAAAACCAGUUGGUAGUUUGGUCUUCCACUUUGUAAUUGUGUGAUUAGUCCAUUCUUAAGCACGCACUUCGCUAUUAUAAUGUGAUUUCAAUAUAUCUGAUUACUGAAAGGUAAUUAACUUGUAAUGCAUAUCACCAACACUGAAAACUGUUUGCUGUAUGUUACUUUAUUUUUUGAUCAAAUAGAGACAUAUUUUAAUAGUUAUAAUGUUUUUUAAAAUAAUAAUUUCCAUGUUUAAAAUUGACUGUGAUGCACUGAUUGCACAAGCCAAAGAACAGGGAAUAGCUGGUGGAAUUAAGUAAGUAAGUAAGUUUAUUGUUGUUGGUGUAACUGAUUUUUAUACUGAUAUAUUUUUCACAUGAUGUAUAUUAUAAAUGAAGCUAAAGGAAA